AUGCCCGCCCUCCCAGGCUUCACGGACAACCCAUUCCAGACCCGCUCUGACCUCGUACGGGCUAGCAUUGCCCUGCUCCAGCCUCUAGAGCAGCACAUGUCCCCCCAAAAGGCCUUUGUCAAACUCUCCACAGAAACCGCAGCGGGGUUUGAUGAGGUUGCCGCCCAACUCGAGGGCUUUGCGCGGCCUCUUUGGGCCAUAGCAAGCCUCCUUGCCCCCGGAAGUAGCACAGAUGGCCUUGGCCUUGACGUAGACUCAUGGGUAUGCGGUCUCCGAGCCGGCACAAACCCAGCAUCCUCGGAGUACUGGGGUGACCUUGGCGACUUCGACCAGCGCAUGGUGGAAAUGGAGAGCAUCGCGUAUGCGCUGCUGACAGCCCCUGCAGCAUUCCUGUCUGGGAUGGACGCCCUGGCCCGGGAGAACCUAGAAAGGUGGCUGCGCCAGAUCAAUGGGCGGAAAAUGCCCCAGAACAACUGGCGCUGGUUUCGCGUGCUGGUCAAUCUAGCGCUGGGGUCCCAGGAUGAGGAUGUUGUGGCCCAGGAUUUGAGCGUGCUUGACUCGUUCGAUCUUGGUGAGGGAUGGAGUAGCGAUGGGAUCUGGGGCGAUGAGAGGAAACAGGUCGAUUAUUACUCGGGAAGCUUUGCAAUCCAAUUUGCCCGAAUGCUCUAUGUGAGGUUUAUGGAAGAUAGAGGCUUGGCUUCUGACAAUCGGGAAAGGAUUGAGAGGUUUAAGCUGGAGGCGCGGCAGUUUGCGUCAGCGUUCUGGAGAUACUUUGAUGUGAAUGGAAGUGCUAUCCCGUUUGGGCGGAGUCUGACCUACCGGUUCGCGUUCGCGGCAUUCUGGUCCGCAGUCGCCAUCGCUAGGGUACAGCUCGAUGCCCCACUCGACAACAUCGGCGUGGUCAAGGGUCUCCUCCUUCGCCAUCUACGCUGGUGGAGAAAGCAUCCUGGCAUCUUCAACACUGACGGUACUAUGAACAUCGGCUAUGCCUAUCCAAACAUGUUCCUUAGCGAGAAUUACAACUCACCGCAGUCCGUAUACUGGUGUUUGAAAUCGUUCACUGUUCUUUGCCUACCAAAGAGCCACCCCUUCUGGACAGCGAAAGAAUUACCGCACCCACUCGCUGUCCCGCUUUUGCCUGCCCCGCCGCUACCCGAUGAGGUCAAACUCCUCUGGCCGCCGCGACAUAUUCUAUGCAGCGGACGCAGCCACCACUUUCUGCUCUCGUCGGGUCAAGGGACUACAAAGGCCCACCGCGCUAGAGAGGCAAAGUAUGGUAAGAUGGCGUACUCGUCCUUCUUUGGAUUCAGCAUCCCUAGUGGCGCACUGUUGGGGCAGAUGGCCCCGGACAGCACGCUGACAGUCAGCUUCGAUGACGGCGAGGCAUGGAUUGUUCGCGCAAAUCCUUUCAAUGUACGGGAUCGACAGAUCCCGAUUCUCACUUCCCACGCGACUGCUGGGAUCGACGCGGUGAUGAGAACCGUACCGGCUCUUGCUAGUACCUGGAGACCCAAAAAGGCCAUCGAAUUCGAAGUCCAAACUCUUCUAAUUCCCGCAUUGGAGCUAUGGUCAGGGUGGCACUUCCGUAUACAUAGGGUGAAGUGGUCACCGGCGGCCAUCGCACCCGGGCCAAUAAAAUUAGUUGACGCUGGUUUUGCUGGUUUUGGUGCUACAAGAACAGGCAUGUUGUGCACCGAAAGCGAAUUAGAGCGACUGUUGUAUCAGGAUGCUGCUGGGUUGGAGGCAUGGGGAAAAGACGAGCAGAGCUGUUUGGUCUUCUCGGAUGGUAGCGCUAGUGGUGUUGUCGAUCUACAAAGGGACUUGAUGUCUGCGCUGUGUUCAGGAUGUGGCAGGCUCGCGACCGAAAGCCCGGCAUUGGUGGUGCGAGCGGAUCCAAAUACUAAUUUAGUCUCGCAAAGGACCUUGAUACCUACGGUUCAACACACGCUGGUCGCGGAGAUUGGAACCAAAACUGCGGCAGAGAUGUGGCUAGCGACGGGAAUAUUCGCAGUUUCGAAGACUUCAGGUAUUGGCAUGGGGGAGGUUCAGAAGUUGUGGUUGAAAAGACCAAAAAUACAGGUGACAGCAAAGCCAGGGGAGGAAGAGGAGAUCCGGAUAAUGCUACCGUGA